CAGUUCAGAAGGCAAACAGUUGUGCUCAUAUAUUGCACAAUAAAUUCCAAGAAGAAAAUGACCCACCUACUCCAGAGAGAAAUGCCAGUUUACAAGGCAGUGUAGAUGCAUUAGUGAGAGCUAGAGCUGUAAAAAAAGACCCCGUCCUGGAAAAUGGCCCUUUGAAGAAGAAAGGUGUGUUAUUACCUGCAAGAUCACAGGGAAAGCCGAAAUCUCUAAAAUCAAGACAGGUACAGCCUCAAGAAAAGCAUGCCCGACUUCAGGAGACAACUAUAGCUUCCCAGCUAAAAGAGAACAAACGACUUGUUAAGGAGAGCAGAAUACCCUGCAUGCCUCCAAACCCUACACCUCUGCCUGUUUCACCUAAGCGAUUAGCAUGGCUUGAAGCAGAAACCUCAAGAAGAGUGAAGGUUCUAACUGACCUUAGCAGAGGAGAAAUGAAAAAAAGGCAAAAGUUGAGGUCACAAAGUGCUUCUCCAGCCCAGUAUGCAGACAAAAUUGAGAAGGCAGUACGGGAGCGCUUAGAACCUCUAUUAGAUAGAACACAGGAGGUUGCAGCAAAUGCAGAUAUUCUGAGUGAAAAGCUAUUGGAUGAUCUUUUGGAAGAUACUGCUCAGGAGCUGUGGAGUAUGGAGCAGAAUGAGAGACUCCAGAGCAAGGCUCUGCCUAUGGCUGACACUCAUAGUCUGGAGUCAAUGUUGCAAAGAAUGGAAGAAAUUGAAAGAUACCAGGAGGCUGUACGCAGGAGAUUUAACCAGAUUGUGUAUAGUGAUUCAGAGCUCUGGGCUCAGACAGAAAAAAUGGAACAACAAAUUGCAUCAGUAGCUAAAAGACCUGUAUCGCCUCAUCCAAUUCAGAUAACCAAAUUAAUUGGAUGCACAGAGCCAGAAAUGGACACUUUAUUUGAAAAACUUUUUGAUGGCAAUGAUAUUGAUGAAAACAAAGACGCAGAGGAGAAAUUGCAGACUGGAAAUUACAUUCUGCAGCCAUUGACUCGGAAUUCCCUGCAGAAAGAAUGUCAUAUGUCUCUCUCUGUGCCAAACUAUAUGCUCCAGAGCAUCUUGGAUUAUAACAGCAGAUACAAGCAUCACCUAAAGCUUAUUUCCCAUGAGGCGGUAGGCAGUUUCAAUCCAUGGCAGAUUGCUGAGAGUCUUGCAGAACAACUAACAGAAGAAGCCCUAUGUGAUGUGGCAGCAGAGCUGCAGGAUGUUUGUGAGGACUAUGCAGAAGCUGUGUUCACAUCAGAGUUUUUGCAGCCAGCACAGUAA